AUGCGGAGCUGGAGCUGGGCCUGGGCCGCGCGGGCCCUGCGGGUGGCAGCGGCGGCGGGAGCUGGAGCUAGCCGGGAAGCGGCUGCCGGGCCCGGGAGUGUCAGUGCUGUUUUGCGGAAGCUCUGCUCUGCUGCGGGGCGCUGCGUUUCUUACGAAGAGCUCAAAGACUUGAAAAAAAACAAUAUCAUCCACAUAGAUGUCCGAGAAAGAUGGGAGAUCGACAGGUUUGGAAGAAUCCCGGAGUCCAUCAACAUACCUUUGAGCGAGUUAGCGGAAGCGCUGCAGAUGAGCCCAGGGGACUUCAGGGAGCAGUACCAUCAGAAGAUGCCCACCAAGGCGGACCACGUGGUUUUCUCCUGCUUGGCAGGAGUACGGAGCAAGCAGGCUCUGGAUUUCGCCGUGUCCUUGGGUUUCAGCAGAGUUCAGCACUAUGCUGGUGGCUUUGAGGAAUGGGCAAAACGUGAACAUCUAGAGAAAAAAUGAAGAUGAUCACCCUGCUGCUGCCCCACGAAGGCUUCAAGAUGAUUUGUUUGUUGAAAUUGUUCGAGAUGAAAGAGUUUUAAUAUUCAGACCAUGUGGAUUCCAGUUCCAAUAUAUAGCCCUCUCCUGUUUUCUUUUGUAACUGGACAUGCACCUAUAAGUAGCUGUGCAUUUUAACUGAUGGUAUAAAUCAAAUCUGAAGAUUAUUAUCUGAACAGAGAAUUUUAUGUUUGUUCAACAUUUACCGUGGGCUGUGUUUUUCACUGUGACUUUUCAUAGUUACUGUUUACUAGGGUUUUGUGUAAUAUGGUUUAAGGUUUUGUGUAAUGUGAUUUGCUUAAAAAAUAGUGAUAAAACUUUCUUAUAAAUUUAUAUUUUGCCUAUUAGCUAUGUUGGCAGUUUGUUUAGAAUAGUCUGCAGUUAGUCCAAUAGAGUUGGGGUAACUGUGCUAAGUGUAAACUUAUUCUACCACUGGUACAGUUACAGUUCUGAAACAUUGCCUGUGUUCCAAACAGUGCAAGGAGACUGACAAGCUAUGUGAUUGCAAGACCUAAAGUCAGUCACAAAAUAUAACAAGAAGCUGACCUAAUGUUAGAAUACUUGCCUUUUAAAAUGUUGUGCAGUUUCUUAUUUUUGAAAAAGUAUAUCUGUAUUUGUACACAAAUCUACUGUUGUUUACAAAAUGCUACGACAUGCAGUCAAAUGUUUUUGUUCCUGUGGCAGCUCAGUGUCAAGUGGGAACUUGCCUGCUACAGAGCUGUAAUCAUUGCAGGGUAAAAAACUUGAGGUGUCCAAGGAAGUUACUUCACUCCCUUCUUUCUUUCCUGUACAUAAAUUUGUAUGGCUGAGACUUUAAAAAGCAACCAAACCCAUCCCCACCUAUGAAUUUGCAUAUAGUUUUAAGAUAUUUUUAAUACUGUUAACAAUUCAGAGAAACUAGCAAAGCUGAAUUGCUUUGACCUCUGGAAAACUUCUGUUUCUGCAGUGUCUGGAAAAAAGGAAUAAAAACUUCCCCUAUUUCUGCUCUCAUUAGUAUUGCUGGUGAUGGACACCUCUUUGGGAGCUUUUCUAUUCCGACAGUGCAGUUUGAAUGGUGAGACAAAAUAGAGGACCAAUAGACAGCUUGGCAAGUUUAGAGAGCAGGCAAGAUGAGGUAGGUGAUAUAACUAGAAUCAUAUUUGUUCCCUGCUCUCAUUUGGUUGUGCAGCAGGGCUGCAGUAAGUGCAGGCAGCUCUGCCAGCCGGGCUGG